AUGUCAGAAGCCGCCAAUGUUCUUGUAGUGGGUUGCGGUGCGGUCGGCACCAUGUGUGCCUAUGCCCUGCACAAAUCCAAGGCGGCCACCGUCACGGGAGUUUUCCGCUCGAACUUUGAGGAGGUGCAGCGUCUAGGACUCUGUAUCAGAAGCGUCGACCACGGAACGGUAUUAGACUGGAAGCCUCAUCACGUGGAAAGGAACAUAUCGGACGCGGCAAGGCACGGCCCGUUCGACUACGUUCUUGUGGCGAUGAAAAGCCUGCCCGACAUCUAUUCUAUCCCGGAUCUUAUUGCCUUGGCCGUCACGCCGGGCCGGACAUCCAUCGUGCUCGUCCAGAACGGAAUCGACAUAGAAUGGCCCUUCGUCGACGCGUUCCCUGAAAAUGUCGUGCUCUCGGGUGUCACUAUGAUCGGGUGCGAGCUCAAUGGCCGCGAGGUCCUGCACAAUGACCCAGACAAGCUGCACCUCGCCCCCUUUCCGAGCCCAGGUCUUCACCGGCGGAGGCAGGAGGACGCGUGCAGCACCUUUGCGGCACUCUACGCGCUCGGUGGCGUUGCCUGCGAGAUCCACGAAGACAUUCUCGUGUGGAAUGCCUCGUUCAACCCAGUGUGCGCCAUCACUGGACUGGACUCUGGUGCGGUCCAAGCCGCCGGGUACAUCGACACCUUGGUACGUCCAGUUAUGGAUGAGGUCGUAGCUAUCGCGGAGGCCGCUGGUUAUGGGCUCCAGCCCGGCAUUCAGGAUGAGAUGAUUUCGUUCACACCUGAAGCGAUUGGACUCAAACCGAGCAUGCAGGUUGACGCGAUGAUGGACAGGCCGAUGGAGGUGGAGGUUAUUCUUGGCAACCCGCUGCGGAUCGCGCAGGAGCUAAAAGUUGAGGCCCUGGUCUUGACGAUCCUAUGUAAUCUUCUUCGCGCCAGACAGUGGAAGUACAAACAACGAACAUGA